CGCCUAAUAAUGAGAUUAUUAAUAAUUUAUAUUUGCAUAGCUGUUUGGGCGCUAGCUGACGCUAAGGUUUCUUACCAUGGAUUUCAAAUGUACGAUGUGGUACCAAAGACAAAUUUACAGCUGCGAAUUUUACAAGAAAUAUACAAAGAAGCCAAACAGGACGAAAUAGAUUUCUGGGUCCCACCAAGGGGAAUUAAUAUCCCUGUUCAGAUUUCCUUGCCUCCAAAAAGUGAACUCGUAGGAACUUUUCGAUUGGUAGGAAUGGACACUCGGUUAGUUAUUGACGAUGUACAGCACUAUAUUGACCAGCAAAAUAAAGUUGACCUUAAAUUUUCUCCACAAGGGAAAGCUGCUCCAUUCAACUACGGGGAAUACCAUAAUCUCUCGGCUAUAAAUGAUUGGAUAACCAAUAUAACAACAGUCUACGCCAGUAUGACUAAAGUGAUAGAAGUUGGAAAAUCAUUUGAAGGACGUUCUAUCCGCUUAAUUCAGAUUGACACAGGUAAAGUGAAACAGAAGAAUGGAUUCUUCAUGGAAGGUGGAAUCCAUGCCAGAGAAUGGAUAUCACCAGCGACCGUUAUCUACAUGACUGGUCAGAUGUUAGACCGAUAUGGAAUAGACGCCAAGAUAACAGACAUUGUUGAUUCUUACACGUGGUACAUAUUACCAGUGUUCAAUGUGGAUGGUUAUGCGUAUACAUGGACAACGGAUAGAAACUGGAGGAAGACCAGAUCAAAGCAUGGUGCUUGUUAUGGCGUUGACCCUAACCGGAACUGGGAUUAUGAAUGGUGUAAGGAAGGAGCCAGUAAAGAACCGUGUUCUGAUACAUAUUGUGGCCCAUCAGCAUUCUCAGAGGUAGAGGUGAAGGCAGUGGCAGAUUUUAUUAGCAUGCAUAAGGACACCAUUAAAGCUUUCAUUGAUUUCCAUAGUUAUUCCCAACUCUGGAUGACUCCCUGGGGAUACACAAAGAAACUACCAGCAGAUUAUGAAGAUCAGAAUGCAGGUGCUAAAGCUGCCUGCGACGCGUUGCAAGUGGACUAUGGAACAAAAUAUGAGCAUGGUAGCAUAGCUAAUAUUAUUUAUGAAGCAAGUGGAAGUAGUGCCGACUGGACAUAUGGAGCUGAAAAAAUCAAAUAUUCAUACGGUGUAGAGCUUCGAGAUAAAGGAAAAUAUGGCUUCUUACUUCCGGCGGAAGAGAUUAUUCCUUCUGGGAAAGAAACUUUAGAGGCAUUGAAGGCUCUGUGUACUUAUGUAUUCCAUCACUAAGCAGCUGAAAAUUGUUGUCAUGUCGCAAUAAUUGAUAUAAAUAUAUUAGUAUAUAUGAAAUGAAAUGUUUAUUUCUUAAUUUCAUCUAUGGAAAGACACGUCAACACACAAAUUGAAGUCUUUAUUUUGCACAGGCAAAUCAUAAACAG